GAGCGGGCUAUUCUGUUUUUCGUUUCAAUGUUAAUGUAAAUUGUUCUUAAAUAUUUGAAUUUUUCUUAAUUGUAUCAUUUAUUUAGAAUGUUACUUCUUCCAUUCUUGAAUUGUCGACAAAUUGGAGUGACUUCUCAAGGUACCCAUGCAUCUUAUAACAGAUUGAAUUCAGACAAUCUUCUAUCCAGACUUGUUUGCUUAAGAAAGGAUGUCUAUACUAUAACUGGAGAAGAAUCCGAAGUUCCACCUUUUGCUUGCAAAUUUAGGAAAGAUAAAGAUUCUGAUUUGUUAGCUGUUGCAUCUGAAGAUGGUGACAUUCUAUUCUAUGAUACUAACAGUAAAGAGCAGAAAUGUGUAAAAUGUUUAUCUGCUCAUCGUAAUGCAAUAUUUGAUAUAUGUUGGCUUCCUGACAGACCUCAUUUACUGACAGCAUCAGGUGACCAUAAAGCUGCUUUGUGGGAUGUUUCUUCUUCUAGACUUAUUACCUCGUUUAGGAAACAUACAGCUUCAAUUAAAUCAAUAGAUGUUUGUCCUGAACAAAGUGCAAUUUUUGUCACUGGAUCAAGAGAUGGAGUUAUUAAUGUCUGGGAUACAAGGGAAAAAAAAUGCACUAUGCUUUAUGACAAACCUGUCAUCACUAUUGAGAAUGCGCACUGCAGGAAAACAUUUCUUCCAAUUAAAGGAAAAAAACACUCUUGUAAAGAUGUGAAGAGCAGUGUUUCAUCAGUGGCUUUUCAAGACAUACAUAAUCUUGCCUCAGCUGGUGUAGCUGAUGGGGUAGUGAAAAUAUGGGAUUUGAGGAAAACUUACAUUUCAAGCCAUCUUUGUAUACCAGCUCCUCGACAUAUGCUAGGGUAUUCUGGAGCAAAUGUUUCUGGCCAUGGUUGCACAAGUUUAUCUUUUGAUUCACGACGUAAAAUGCUGUAUGCAUGUAGUACAGAUCAUAAAAUACAUCGUUUUGAUUGCCAUUCCUAUAUCAAGGAUGCAUUUACAUAUGAAGGUUUGAAAUGUGGAACUUAUUUCGUGAAGCUUGCCUUAAGCUAUGAUGAUCAGUAUUUAUUAUGUGGAUCUAGUGAUGAUGCAGCAUACAUUUGGAAGACCACUAAACCAGGUUUGCCCGUUUUUGAAUUACUUGGCCAUUCAGCUGAAGUUACAUCUGUUACUUGGAGCCCAUAUGAUGUUACAAAGCUUGUUACCUCUGGAGAUGAUAAUAAAGUUUUGGUUUGGAAAACUGCUAACUUAGAAAGUAUUACAGAUGACAGUGAGAUAGUUUCAUCUUGUGCCUUAUAUUCUAAAGAUCCAGUUUUGAAAUCAAAUAAAGAAGAUUUAGUUUUAUUUACUCCCAAAACAAAGUCAUCAUUGGACAGAUUAUCAGUAGUAACUCCUUGCAAUUCUCAUACCAAAGUCAUAACAAAUUUCUUCUCGCCUAUUACAUCUUUCAAAGUAAAGAGUGAUCUUGUUAGUAAAAAUAUUGAUGACAAACAGCAGACUACUGUUAAUGACUUGACAAAGGAUAACUGUGUCCUUACAAAUGAAUCUUCAGUAUCAGAAAUUUGUACUCAAAUUUUAUCUCCUUGUAAGGUAUUGAAUAAGAAUAAUAUAAUGCCUGCUUUUUCUUUAAAGCAAACUGAUAAAAGGAAUGAACUACAGAAUAAGAAAUCUCAUAUUAGUCUUGUUGUUCCUAGUUCUAGUCAUAAUAAUGAUAAAGAAAAUAAUAAAGAAAUUACAUAUAUUGGUACUAUCAGGGAAAAUACCCAGGCACUGAGCAUAAAGAGAAAACUAAAUUUAAAGCAAUCUGCUUCAAAAAUCAGGAGAACAUCAAGUAAUUCCAAGACCAAAAGUAACUCCAGAGUAGUGAAGAAACAGAGUUCUGCUGCUGAUAGAACUUUGAAGAAUUAUUUUCAUGUUGAAAUAUCACCAAAGAAUGAUUGAUUCUUUAAGUAUAAUUGUUAUAUGUAAAAAAACUUUAUAAAGUGAGAUUCCUCCCACCAUCUACUUCAGUAAUUUAUGUUUGUAAAUGUGCAAGUAUUAAAAUAAAUAUACUUUUGAAGUUUGGAUUAUUUACUUUUAAAAUAUUGCAGUUAUUGUAAUAGAAGAUAUAUAAUUUACUCAAGAUUUCUUGUAUUUUGCGAGAAAACAUUUAACAUGUAAUUUCAAAAUUAUUUUUGAAGGUAUUUAUUUGCAGUUUUGAGUGUUAAUAGCACUGAAUUUUAAGCAAAUUAUUUUGGGGGGGGGGAAAUCGUUUUUAGCAGUGAGUUUGAAGUAGGGAAAGAGUAAGAUUAUUUUACUAAUUGCCAUCAGAAGCAAAAAUUUACACAUAUAUGAACUGAUAAAAUUUUUUAUCCUGAAAGGUAUAUUAUAUGAAAUAUUUCAUUUUGUUAAAAAUAUUAAAUAGUCAACUGUUUUGAAUUAUAUGGAGUUGAGUUUAAUGAUGAUUGUAAAACAGAAUAUUAAUUAAACUGGUAAUUUGUACUAAAUACUACUAACAAUAAAAGUAUAUAUCACUUGGAUAGAAGAGAAAAAGAGGGUAAAAAAGUUUGUAAAACUAUCCUUAAAUUUUGUGGAUUUAAUGCAGGAUGAUGAAUCCAGAGAAGUCUUUGAUAUAAUUAGAAAGAACUGUCUUCUUUUGUAAAUGUCUUAAGAAAAUAAUUGUGUGAAAUAUAUGAAAGAAAUGAUUUUUCAGCAUCUCAUUUCAAAAGGAUAACUGAAUGAGUUUGGUUUUUAAAAUGCAGUAAAAAGUAAUAUAAUUUAAGAUAGAGAAAAUAUAUGAAAUUCAUAUCUGAAAUGGUUGUAAAAAUUUAUUCCUUAAUUUUUAUUUUUGUGUAAGAAAAUUUGGAUGUGAAAAAUUUAUAAUCUUACUUCCUUUAAAAAAAAACUUAUUUUAUGUGCUGUUGUUUCUUUUCCAACUAUGAUAAUCUUACUCCAUGUUUAAUAUUGAAAAUAAUAAUAAUAUUUGUUAAAAAUAAGUAACAUUGAAUAUUCACCAUCCAAGAAAUACUUAAAAAAAGUAAUCGAUCUUUAAAAAAUCUGUUUAAUGUUUUACUUACUGUAUGCAAAAAAAUGCAAAGUACAUACUAAAAACGGAUAGUUUUCAUUUAUUAAAAAAUCAAGUGAUUGUAGAAUAUAUUAUUUUAAUCAGAUGUAAUAUCCAUUUUAUCCUUAUUCAGAUUUGAAUGUAUUUCCCAACAAUAACCGUUUCUGCACUAGGUACAUGUAUGUGUUUGUUUUAAUAAGCUUUUACAAUAAUAUCUAAGGCAUAUUUUGCAAAUGCCAAUUAGCUGCCGGUUUUACUGGGAGACUCCCAGAUUUUUUUCACAUGUCCUGAUAUCUGUAAAUUACAUAAUAUCCUGGUGUUUAAUUUUAGUCUUUAAUAAAGAAAAAGUUUUUCGGCAAUAAA